AUGUACAAGGCAACGCGCAGAAAGCUAAUGAAGAAGAAGGGGCGCGCUCCUACUAUAAAAAAGACGUCGCGUUGUGAGUUAACUGCGAUUGAGCGCGCGUUUAUUGCGGGCGCGUGCAUCGCAGGCAGUCUAUCACACAACAAUUGCGCCAACCUCUUCCCCCCCAGCGUCGCCAGCAAGUCCAUGAUUACUAGAACUGUACAGCGAGUUAACGAGCAGGCAACUGAACUAAACACUACAAUUAUCAACCCUUGCUGCUACGAAUUCGCGUCUACUAGAGGCGCGCCGCAACUGCUUGACGAUGAGCAACGCGCUCGCGUUGUGGAGCUCACUAUUGCGUCGCAGGAGAGCCAGGAGAAGGAGAGCUGGCAGGCCAUCAAGGAUGGAGACUUUGUGAACACUGGCCUGCCAAAUUUCAGUGUAUCGCUUCACGAAAAUAUCAUGUACAAUGCUGGUUACGCGCGCCAGCGACCAGGCUGGAAGCCACCUCUCAACAACGAGCAGAAGCGCGAGCGUUUGGAGUGGGCGCUUGCCCACAACCCUAAUAAAUACGAGUAUGGAGAUAGUAAAGGAUUCGAUUUUACUGAGGUUGUGUUUACUGACAAGACUCCAGCUCGCAUUGGUGAGGAGCGCGGCAUGCAGAGGGUAUGGUGUAGGGAUGGCAAGCAGUACGAUGAAGGAGUCAAAAAGGAUCGCAACCACCGCGCUUGUUGCCUACAAUUCUACAGAGCCUUUCGUUAUAACUAUAAGGGUCCUUGCUAUACCUAUUUUAAAGAGACAGCAGCACAAAAACAGUCAGCAGAGGAGGCGUUAGCGAAGGAGAAUGCGCAGCGCAAGCACAACAACAACACACUCCAGGGCAGCGCGCGCAAGGCACUUGCAGUAAUGCGAGAGAGCGUGUUAAUCACUGUUACAACACUAGAAAGAAGCAAUAUGUACCCUCUCAGCAUGACUAUAAGCGUGGGGGGCGUGAUAAUGGGAGUGUUGAUGGGUACAGGCAUCGCGAGGGUGCACUCAAGAGCAUUACCCCAUGGAUCAAUUCACUCAAAAGGAAGGGAUUACGCUGUGUACUACUACAGGAUGGGGCUCCAGCUCACAAAUCACGAAUAG